AUGUUCCGCUCUAAUUACUAUGAUGAUGAUCCCAUGGACGGCGUCUUCAGCUCCUCCAUGCUCCGCCAUGGAGGUGCAACCCGCCGUUUCGACGAGUACUACCGCUGUUACCCUGUCGCCAUGAUGCCUGGUCCUGAGAGAGAGAACGUCAACCACGGCGGUAAAGUCAUCAUGCCACCGAGUGCUUUGGACAAGUUGACUCGGCUACAUAUCACAUACCCUAUGCUCUUCGAGCUGCAUAAUGGUGCACGAGAAAGGUUGACCCAUGCGGGUGUAUUGGAGUUUAUCGCCGAGGAGGGGAAAAUCUAUCUGCCUUUUUGGCUCAUGCAAACCCUCCUCCUCGAACCGGGUGACCUAGUGCAGGUCAAGUCGACCGAUCUUCCUCCGGGCCAGUUCAUCAAGCUCCAAGCCCAGUCAACGUCGUUUCUUGAUAUAAGUGAUCCUAAGGCUGUGCUUGAGAAUGCAUUCCGCAACUUUUCAUGUCUGACAAAAGGCGAUGUCUUCACAUUUGCCUACAAUGAUCAAGUUUAUGAGAUGGCGGUUUUGGAAACUAAGCCAGCCACCAAUUCAAAUGCCAUUUCCGUCCUCGAAACAGAUCUGGAGGUCGACUUUGCCCCUCCUGUAGGAUACGAGGAACCCCAACGUCCAAGCGGUACCAGUACUCCCCGCAGUGGCGUGAGCGCAACCAAGCUUCCGUCUGGCGGAUUACUUCACCCCCAUGGAACCAUGGCUCAGUCAAUUAACUACGCCGCCAUUGCACCUGAGUCUACUGACGCUGCAGCAGGAGCAAAAGCGGUGUCAUCAAACUUCCUUAUCGGCGGACAGCGUCUGAAUGCGAAAAAGGGAAGUAAGGCUCCAACGCCAAAGGCCUCAACUCCACGCCCGGAGCCACAAAUCCUCAACAUCCUCCUCCUGCGUGACGAAAGCGGCCAGGUUGUCGAGGGCGAGAAGCCCCGUUUUCAGGGAAGUGGUCAAACAUUAAGAGGGAAAAAGAAGGACACCGGAGGCUCUGUAACGCCCACCUAG